GCCGAAUAACUAACAUGCUGGUGCCCGCUGAUAUGUUAGCGGCCCAAUCGAAAAUGCUAUACCAAAUAAACAAAUACUAUGGUGAGAGGGUACAGACGCGAAUGGGCACCAUCGCGAAGACGAUCCGCGAAGUGUGCAAAGUGGUGCAGGACGUUCUCAAGGAGGUCGAGGUCCAAGAGCCGCGCUUCAUCUCAUCUCUGACCGAAUGUAAUGGCCGAUACGAGGGCCUCGAGGUCAUAUCCCCGGGCGAAUUCGAAGUCGUCCUCUAUCUAAACCAGAUGGGCGUCUUCAACUUCGUAGAUGACGGUACCCUACCAGGAUGUGCUGUCCUGAAACUUAGCGACGGACGCAAAAGGUCCAUGUCCUUAUGGGUGGAAUUCAUAACAGCCUCCGGUUAUCUCUCGGCCAGAAAGAUCCGCUCCAGGUUUCAAACCUUGGUCGCUCAAGCAUGCGAUAAAUGUUCCUACAGAGACUCGGUGAAGAUGAUCGCGGAUACCACGGAAGUCAAGCUGAGGAUUCGCGAAAGAUUCGUUGUGCAAAUAACACCGGCCUUUAAAUGCUCGGGCGUAUGGCCCAGGUCUGCGGCCCACUGGCCCAUACCGCACAUACCUUGGCCCCAUCCCAAUCUCGUCGCCGAGGUUAAAACAGAAGGAUUCGAUUUACUCUCCAAGGAGAGCGUCGCUAUGCAAGGCAAGCAAUCCGCAAUGGAAGGCGAUGCCUGGGUGCUAUCCUUCUUAGAGGCGGAAAACCGACUUUUGCAGGGCGGAUGUCGUAGGAGAUGCUUAAGCAUCUUAAAGACUCUUCGAGACCGUCACUUGGAUUUACCUGGGAACCCGGUGACAAGCUACCACAUGAAGACGCUUCUAUUGUACGAAUGCGAGAAGCAUCCCAGAGAAACCGAAUGGGAUGAAGCCUGCAUCGCGGAUAGGAUCAACGGGAUCUUCUUGCAGCUUAUCUCUUGUUUACAAUGCAGGCGUUGCCCGCACUAUUUCCUACCAAAUCUGGAUCUAUUCAAAGGCAAAUCACCGAGCGCUUUGGAAAACGCCGCGAAGCAAGUUUGGCGCCUAACCAGGGAGAUGCUCACCAACACUAGGUGCUUAGAAAAGCUCUAAUAAAAUCACCGAGAUUGAGUUUUUGUAAAACAUUCCUGAUGUAUACGUAAACUAAAAGGCUUAGUAAAAGUGAUUUAUUUCGAGUUCAAAUUAAAGAAAAUGUUUUUUUUGUGCGACGACAUCAACGACUGCUACAGACGAGAAACCCGGUUCGAUGAUUACACUUUCAGUGCCAUAUUGUAAAUAUU